AUGUGCAAGCAGCAGACAGUGGACCGUUGGAUAGGUCCUUUGUCGCAAGAGACGCCGAGAUCUGAAGAGACACGGUCGUCUGGUGUGAAGCACGGGCGAGCGGCCUGUGGGUCCGUCGAGCACUUCACGGAGGCAAAGAGAAGGGAUGGAGAAGGCUGCGGAGAUCAGGCGCGAGGUGCCCAAGGCGUGCAAUUGAAUGCUUCUCGAUACUCUGCUGUGACACAACGAACUGCCGUACUGGGUUCAGAACAUCUGAAAUAUCUUUCAAUUACUCCUGUCUUCGCUGUCCAACACGGGAGGUCUGCUCGAUGUGGUCGCUGUUCCGCCUUUCGCGUUGCCAUCGCUGUCCCGGCCCCGACGCCCGAGCCUAUCCUGGGUAGACCCCGUCGAAUUUUCCUCCGACAAAUUGCACGAGGUCACUUAAUCAUUCUCUGCGGGAUAUCGCGGGUUUCGCUUGCGGUUGAAACCCUUGUUGGGCGUCCUCCAGCCGCGUCGUGA